UGCAUUGCUGACAGUCUCGGCUCGAACAACAAUGCGAGUAAGCUCUACACCCAGCACAUCCUGAGCCAGCCAUCAGAAUGGCACGCGUGUCGCUUCUUCUCAUCGUGCUAUCCAUUGCUCUUGUUGCCCCCAGUCAAGGCUUCCUGAAAGACCUACUCUUCGGUGAAGCGAAAAGUAAAGCUUUGCUUGAGGAUGGGACAACAGAGAUCCUUGACCAUGUUUGCAACUUCCGAGUGAUGCCCCGUUUAAGAAGUUGGGAGCUGUACUUCAGGGGAGAUGUGUGGUGCCCCGGCUGGACAGUCAUCAAGGGAGAAUCCCUGACUCGCAGCAGGACUAGGGUGGUGAACAAGGCCGUCGCAGACUUCGCCCAGAAAGCUCUCGCUCAGGGCCUCAUCACGCAGGAGGACGCCCAACCCUUGCUAGAGUAGCUUGGACCUACAGGCGUGUGUGCCAAAGAGGUGCAAAGACGGAAUGAUCUCUUCAUUAUUCAUACUCCCGUGAACUCCUAUAUCACGCCGUCACCCAAUCUCGCUCUGCCAACACUAUUUUCCUUAUUAUUCUGUUAUUAUUCUUCUCCACAAAUCACGGUCUGUAAAACUCACCAUUCUGUAACUUGUGUAUGUCAUCAAUAAUAAAGAACAAUUAUCAUGAAUAUAC